AUGAACGCUAACAAACUGAGGCAGUAUAACCAGCUUGCUCACGAACUCAAGGAGCUGCAAACAAAUUUACAGGAAACGACAAGACAACUAGACAUUAUGUCAAAGCAGAGCAAUGAGAAUUUGGUUAACCAAUUAGGCAAAGUACACGGAAGCUGGUUAAUUGGUAGUUAUAUCUACUAUAUGGAGCAGAUGCUUGGAAAGGCACAGUAG